GCUGGAAUCCCUCAAAUAACCUUUAAAGAUGAAGGCAGCAGAUGAGCCUGCCUACCUGACAGUGGGAACUGAUGUCAGUGCCAAGUACCGUGGUGCCUUCUGUGAGGCAAAGAUUAAGACAGUAAAAAGGCUUGUGAAAGUCAAGGUGGUCCUGAAGGGUGAUAACUCAACUCAAUUAGUGCAAGAUGACCAAGUGAAAGGACCUCUAAGAGUUGGUGCAAUGGUUGAAACCAAAAUGCCCGAUGGAUCCUUUCAAGAAGCUGUUAUCAGCAAGUUGACGGAUGCUAGUUGGUAUACUGUAGUUUUUGAUGAUGGUGAUGAAAGGACCUUGAGACGAACUUCGUUAUGCUUGAAGGGUGAAAGGCACUUCGCAGAAAGUGAGACACUUGAUCAACUGCCACUAACCAAUCCAGAGCACUUUGGAACUCCAGUUAUUGGGAAGAAAUCUAAUAGAGGAAGAAGAUCAUCUCUUCCUGUUACUGAAGAUGAAAAGGAAGAAGAAAGUAGUGAAGAGGAGGAUGAAGAUAAAAGGCGUCUCAAUGAUGAACUGCUUGGCAAAGUUGUGAGUGUGACUUGUAAUUCUGAGAAGGCAGACUGGUAUCCAGCUUUGGUUGUGUCUCCCAGCUGUAACGAUGACGUCACAGUGAAAAAGGACCAGUGUUUAGUUCGAUCCUUUGCAGAUUCCAAAUUUUACUCAGUAGCAAGAAAAGACAUUAAAGAACUAGAUGUUCAAAACUUACCAAAAUCUGAGUCCUCUCCUAAAAAAGGGCUACAGGAGGCCAGCAUGUUUCUCAACACAAAGGGUGUUCCUCGGAACUGGAAAAUGGACAUAAGUGAAAUUCUGGAGUCCUCUAGCAGCGAUGAGGAAGAUGGAGCUGCUGCAGAAACUGAUGAAGAGGAAGAAAAAAGAGAAGAGAAAACCGAAGAAGUAGUGCCUGAGGAAGAGCUUGAUCCUGAAGAGAGGGACAACUUCCUCCAACAGCUUUACAAGUUUAUGGAAGACAGAGGUACUCCUAUCAAUAAACCACCUGUUCUGGGCUACAAGGACCUUAAUCUCUUCAAACUUUUUAGACUGGUAUAUCAGCAGGGUGGGUGUGACAAUAUUGAGAGUGGUGCUGUAUGGAAGCAAAUUUAUAUGGACCUUGGCAUUCCUAUUUUGAACUCGGCUGCUUCCUACAAUGUAAAAACUGCUUAUAGAAAGUAUCUUUAUGGUUUUGAAGAGUACUGCCGUUCUGCAAAUAUUCAGUUUAGGACCAUCCAUCACAAUGAACCAAAAGUGGUAGAAGACAUACAGAAACACGUGGAACCAAUGGAGGAAAGUGUAAAAGAGGAACAAAAAAUGCCCCCAACAGAAGUUAAAAAAGAAGCAGAAGAAAAUUUUUCCAGCAGUGAAAGCGAAAAAGAAGAAAUAGAACUAAGAUCCCCAAGGGGACGACGAAGACUUGCCCGUGAUGCAACCCCUGCUAAAAAAGACAGUGAAGAGGAUAAAACACAAGAGAAAUUAAAAGACAGUAACAAAGAAAACAAAGAUAUAGAGGAAACACCUGAGAAUGCAGAAAAGAAAGAAAAUGAAACUCCAUUAGGGAGAAAAAGUACACCAAAGCAAAAAGAGAAAAAAAUUAAAAAACAGGAGGAUUCUGAUAAAGAGUCAGAUGAAGAGGAAGAGAGGCAGAGGGAGAGGGAGGAAAUUGAGAACAAAGGAGAAUCAGACGGUGAAGAGGAUGAGGAGGACGCAGAACCCUGCCUCACUGGAACCAAAGUGAAAGUAAAAUAUGGACGUGGAAAGACUCAGAAAAUUUAUGAAGCCAGUAUUAAAAGCACAGAAAUUGAUGAUGGAGAGGUUUUAUAUUUAGUUCAUUACUAUGGUUGGAAUGUAAGAUACGAUGAAUGGGUGAAAGCCGAUCGGAUUAUCUGGCCUGUGGACAAAGGAGGACCAAAGAGAAAACAGAAGAAAAAAACAAAAAAUAAAGACGACAGUGAAAAGGAUGAGAAGAAGGAUGAAGAGAAACAAAAAUCAAAGCGUGGGCGACCCCCUCUGAAAUCUACUCUUCCAUCAAACACAACCUGCAGUUUAUCCAAAACACCUAAUAGUGAAGGUAAAUCAGGAGCCAGAAGUGCACGGAACAACUUGUCAGAUUCCUCACCAUUACCAAAUGGAACGGAAGACUCUGGCUCAUCUGAUAGUGAAGCAGAUGAAUCAUCUGAAAAGAAUUUGAAUGAAGAAUUUUCUCCAGAAACUUCAGAACUGGAAAAAAGUGAAAAACUACAUGAUGAGAAGCUAGAUGAAGAAAACCCAAAGAUUCCUCAUGCAUUGAAAGAAAAUGACAGGACUCAAGUACAGCCAUUAGAAACACUGAAACUGGAAGCUGAAGAAAGUGAGCAAAUUGUUCAGAUUUUCGGAAAUAAAACAGAACAAAUAGAAGAAAUCAAAAGAGAGGCUGAAAAAUCACCUAAAGGAAAAGGGAGAAGGAGCAAGACAAAAGAUCCCUGUUCAGAGAAUGCAAAGAUUUCACCAGGAAGCCAAGAAGAGGUGGCAAAUGAAUCUCUUGCAGAACCUGAAAGGUUAGACAUGUCUUCCUUGGACUGUAAAGAGAUUUCCAGCACUACUGAAAGUGAAACAGAGCCUUCUACAAAAGAUAAGAAGCUUUUGAAAAGGAAAACUUUGGAACAGGCAUCACCUGAGAAGAGAAAUCGACGAGAGAGUGAGAUGGAAGUGCCAAAUAUCGUAUCUGAAGAGAGGACCAAUGAAUGUACUGGAGCAGAGGAAUGUAGAGGGCUGAAUGCUGAAGAGUCCCUCAGGACUGAAAAUGAGGAAAUGCCAUCCCUGGUGGCAGAAUCGGUUCAGCACAGUCAAGAGCUGAGGAAUGAGAACUUCGAACGUCCAUCUGAAGAAAAUGAGAAUGUUCCCUUAAAAGAUGAGGAUGAUGCCAUGCCUCACAUUGGUCCUGAAACUUUGCUCUGCCAUGAAGUAGACUUGGAUGACUUGGAUGAAAAGGAGAAGAGCAGUAGUGAGGACACAAUAUCAGAAAAGCCGGACCCUAAUGCUUCAAAUCCAAAUCCAUCUGCCUUACCCUCUGCCGUCCAGUCAAGCUUUUCAGUGGCUUCACCUCUUACUCUUAGUCAGGAUGAAUCCCGCAGUAUCAAGAGUGAAAGCGACAUGACUAUUGAAGUCGACAGCGUGGCAGAAGAGUCUCAAGAAGGUCUCUGUGAAAGCGAGUCUGCUAACGGAUUUGAAGCCAGUACUACGUCAAGCAAUUGUAGUAUAGCCGUGCAAGAAAGAGAGAUUGGAGAGAAAGGUCAAAAAAGACCCAGUGAUAGCAAUAGUGGAACAUUGGCAAAAAAACAAAAGCGUACUCCAAAGCGAACAAGUGCUGCAGCCAAAAAUGAAAAGAAUGGAACAGGACAAAGUAGUGACAGUGAAGACCUUCCUGUCCUGGACAGUUCAAGUAAAUGUACUCCUGUAAAACACAUAAAUGCAUCCAAACCACAGAAGAUUUCCCGAUCACCUGCAAGAGUGAUUUCGCCUCACAUCAAAGAUGGAGAGAAGGAUAAACACAGAGAGAAACACCACCACCAGAAUGCUUCGCCUAGAGUAUACAAAUGGAGUUUUCAGCUCAAUGAACUAGACAAUAUGAGCAGCACUGAAAGGAUCUCCUUCUUACAAGAAAAACUACAGGAAAUACGAAAAUACUACAUGUCCUUGAAGUCUGAAGUAGCAACCAUAGACAGGAGAAGAAAACGAUUAAAAAAGAAAGACAGAGAAGUGUCACAUACAGGAGCAUCCAUGUCAUCUGCUUCAUCAGACACUGGAAUGAGUCCAUCAUCAUCUUCUCCUCCACAAAACGUGCUUGCUGUAGAAUGCAGGUGAUACACAUUUCUCUGCCUUGCCAGCAACUUGCUCCCAUGGACAUAAAUCCUGAAAUUCAACCACAGAAAGCACUCAACUGGUUUGACAUUGCCAAGUAUAUUCUGUACACACUUCCACUGCUGGACUGUACCUGUUCUCCCCUCCUACCCUCUUCUUCUGUUUAAUUUACUGUUCAGAGAAAUUAAGCUCAUUGGUAACUGAAGGUUUGUAGGCACAAUGUGACAUGCUUGUCAUUGUGUUUGUUUUUGUUUUUCUUUUUUUUUUUUUGUUAAUGCAGAGAAAGGGCACUUAUCAAAUUUGAAAAGUUAUGUCCAAUGAAGCAUUCAGGUGUUCUAGGGAGAUCUUAGAAAAGCAAGUGCACCAAGCAGACAUCAGAGUAUUAUCAAAAAGAAUUGAGUAACUGCUGCACUUUCACCGAGCUGUACGUUCACUCUUGGUGAGUAGUUCCUCGUUGUGGAAGCACUUGCUAUACAGAACUGCCAAAGUAUAUGUUCAGCAAUGUGCCCAGUUUUAAAGGUGUAAAUGGGACAAAAUAAAUUGUGAAAGGAAGUGUAGUUGACUGAAAACUACAGUUGUAAUAAGUCUUCCACCUUUUAUAGGAUUUUUGAGCACACAAUUAUGCAAAUAUUUUAAUGUUUAUUAAUGUUUACAGUGGAAUUGUGAAUAGGUUUUCAGUGGACUAUCUUAUCCCUUGACAAAAAUAUUUUGUCUUUUUUCUAUGUAAUUUCAGAGUUUUUAUUUUGUUACAAAAAGACGAAAAAUGAAAUAUAUAACAACAAUGAAGUUAUUUAACAAGAUUUCUAAAGCUGAAAUUUUUGUGUAAAAUAAGGUAUCUUGCAACUUGUUAAAUAUAUUUAUUCAGACAUUGGAUGUUGUAUUUUUAUGUAUUUUUUAAAAUAUUAAUAAAAUUGGAA